AUGAUGUUGCAAUAUAUUAACAAUACAGUUCUCCCCAGUUUAGCUGGAAAAUAUAAUCACAGCGGAGAAGUAUUUCAAAAGCAACUACUUAUUGAGAAACCCGAGACUCUAAAAAAUAUCAUUGAAAAGUUAAGCCCUUUGAGAUUGCUCGAUGCCGAUUCAGAUAUUAAAGGAGAUGCUUUUGAAUAUUUCUUGAAAAAUUCAGUUAGCGUGGGAAAUGAUCUCGGUGAAUAUUUUACGCCUAGGCAUAUAGUUAAAUUAAUAGUCGAAAUCGUUGACCCAAAGUUUGGUGAAACUGUUUAUGAUCCAGCUUGUGGAACUGGUGGAUUUCUAAUUGAAGCCUUUAAACAUAUCAAAAACAAGUGUAAGCAAAACUUAAAAAACUUAAAAUUUUUAAAGGAAGAAACCAUUUUCGGGAGAGAAAUAUCUGGGACAACAAAAAUAGCAAAAAUGAACAUGAUUAUAAUUGGCGAUGGUCACAACAACAUUAGGCAAAUGGAUAGCUUAGAAUUUCCAGUUCGCGACAAAUACGACAUCGUUUUAACAAAUUUUCCUUUUUCCCAAACAACUGAUUAUUCUUCUCUAUACGGCUUUGUAAGCAAGGAUGCAAAUCCUAUUUUUUUAAAACAUGUUAUUGAUUCUCUAAAAAAACAGGGAACUGCAGGAGUGAUAGUUCCGGAAGGUUUGUUAUUUGAUGAAAACCUAGAAUAUGUUAAAAUUCGAAAAAUUCUUCUACAAAAUUGUGAAGUUAUAGCAAUUAUAAAACUUCAUGAAUCAACAAAAAUCCCAACUAGCGAGCAAGCCAAAAGAAUAGCCGCCGAAAGUAAUUUAUUUACUCAAAGGCAAAUUAACCAAUCCUUACGAGAAACUAAUACUAUUUUAACCCAACAAAUCCAGGCUUACGAACAAAACUAUUCUCACCUCCAAAAUACUUACCAAAUAGCUCUUAAAGAUAAACAAACGACCGAAAAACAAUUAAACCAACUAACCGGAGAGAUAAAAAAUGUGGUUCGCUUACUUACUCAAUGGCAAAAGUUCAAUUAUUAUCAACAGUUAGAAAAAGAGCGAAGCGAAAUGAAAGCUCAAAUUAUUCAACCUAAUUUUAAACCCCCACCAUGA